GUUGCCUGGCCUCCCCUUGGCCAGCAGCUCCAGCCCAAAGAGGCUGCGCCCACAUUCCCUGGCUGCUCUCCAGCCCACAGGAGCUGAGAAAACACAGUCCAGGGACUGUGAGGACGGAGCAGAAGCCGCUGAAGGGGAAGAAGCAGCGAGAAGCCACCAGGCUCCUAUCCACUGGCCAGCUCCCAGAUGCUGGGCCUCCUGGGGAGCACGGCCCUCGUGGGCUUGAUCGCAGGCGCCGCUGUGGCCGUGCUGCUGCUGCUGCUGCUGCUGGCCACCUGUUUGUACCGCAGACAGGAGGAGCGUGACGUGGAGAAGAACCCUCCUGCUGCAAGAAGAAACCGAGUCUGGUGGGCCCAGUCUUGGAUCUCCGCAGGCCGAGGCCACCUGGGACGCUUGCAUCAUUUCCGUCACACUGGCCGGGCAUUCCAGGCGCCCCAGGCGGGCCACCGCCACCAUCACCACCACCACCACCACCACCACCACCAGGCCCACUCCCACGCCCACCGCCAAGCCCAUGCCCACUCCCACCGAGGCCGCCGCUGAUGCCUGCGAAUGGCAGCUGCCACCUGCCUCACCGUCACCAGGACAAGUGGACUCCUGCUUUCCUGCGCAGAAGGGCACCUCUCCAUGGUGAAAGCCAGGUCCUGCUUGGGUGUCAUUUGCAUGCUACACCCCAGUGGGCAACGAUGGAGGCAGAGAGCCUAGGACCACCACCGGGGGUGCCCCUGCUCACACCGGAGGCUGAUAGGCCAGAGAGCUGAUAGGCUGAUAGGUGGUCUCCGAGGAUGGACACCGCUUCGUGACUGCAACUCCCACCUGGCACCAGGAGUGCCAGCUGCUAUGUGUGCAGAUGCACAGAAGGUGUACCCUACUCUCUCUGAAUGUCCGGGCCUCCGUCCAGGGCAAUAGCUGGAAGGGGCCCUGGCACCACCCUUUCAUUUGCAGAAGGCAGUCUAAGGCUGCACGGUCAAUUCAGUGCAGCCUUAAUACAAGAAAAUAAAAAGCACCAAGAAGCUUU